CCCUCAACGUUCGGAAAAAAAAAAAAGGUAAUUAUUAUUACCUUGUUUUUUGAUAAGAAUCAAGAGACGACAUCAAAGGUCCGAGGUAUCAAAGAGAGAGAGAGAGAUAGGAGGUACCAAAGCUGUUUCGAACACUGGAUCCCCAAGUGGAAAGGUCAUAACCACAACCAACUGGACCAGGUUCGCUUUGGUAGCAACAGACUUGUACCAAAAACACAAAUAGCAAUAAACCAAAUCAAAACCAAACUGAACUUCAAACAAAACAGGACCGCCAUUUGGUUUUCAGCUCCUAUAAAACACAAAAAAAAAACUGAACCAAAACCAAACCAUAAGCCGGUUUACGACAAAACCAACGCAGAACGAAAGCAACACUCUGUCCGAGGCGGAGGGUCUCACACAUUAUCGAGGUUCCAUCGUUUUACUACUCUGCCGUAUCAAUGGCGAGCAUCAUCAGAAGGCCAAACUUAACGACAGCCGUCCGGUCUCGACUCACUCCGUUACUUCCGUUCUCCGGAAGUUCUUGUUCCGUUAACUCGAACCCGACUCGUCACUCUGAGUUAAACAAAGUGCCGAGUUUAGUCGAAGGCUGCGAUUACAAGCACUGGCUGGUGCUCAUGAAGCCUCCCAAAGGAUACCCACCUCGAAACGACAUCGUCCAAAGCUUUGUCAAAACUCUAUCCAUGGCUCUUGGGAGCGAAGAAGAAGCUAAGAGAUCGAUUUACUCUGUUUCCACAAAUUACUAUUACGCAUUUGGCUGCAGGGUUCAUGAGCCUUUGACUUACAAGAUUAGAUCUCUGCCUGAUGUUAGAUGGGUUCUGCCAGAUUCAUAUGUAGUGGAUGGUGACUGUGGAUAUGGAGGAGAGCCGUUCAUUGAUGGGGAGGUUGUUCCGUACGAUGAGAAGUACCAUGCGGACUGGCUACGAGAUCAAACUGAUGAGGAUGCUAAAAACCGAUCAGUUAAAAAGAAGCCUAGGAGGAAAAGAAAGAAGUGGUUAUUUGAUGUUUGGUAGAUUUAAUAUUUGGAAGUCUUCUUACAUUAUUAUAGAGCUACUCAAACCUUAUGCGUCUUCUAGUGUUACUACCAUGAGCUACUGUAAAGAAUCCUAGGUGUAAUGUUAGUGGGGGAUCAAUCAAACCCAAGAUGUUGAGUAGAUUCCACAUCAUUGUGGGAGUUUUUAUAUUAUCUAUGGAGGUUUUAUGUUUCAGUUGAUGAUAAAAGUUGAAAUAAAACUGAUGAUGUAAGCCAAA